AUAUAAGGUUUUGUCUAUGGAAAUACAGAACGGAAUCUUGUAAAAGAUUAGGCCAUUUCAUAAAACAAAUGUAUAGUAACUCGCAGAAAAUAUCUUCGGGACAGUUGUAUUUAUUUCAGCUUUGCAUUUUAUUUCAAAUUGAAUCGUGAGCCACAUUGUAGGUAUAAUAAAAAGGAUUCAUCCUCGACUCUAGCGGAAGGGUUAGCAGUCUCGGUUCUGCAAUAGAAAAGAUUUGCAUUGAGAGGAGACGUAAGAAUACAGUGGAGUCGUGCCUGCUGUUAGUUGACAUUGUUUGUUGGUUUCUCACUGAAGGCCACAAAACCAUUAGGCUCUUGGGGCUAGGAUGUCAGUGUUGAAUCAGAGCGGAGAAGAGCAGGUGGAAUGUCCCCUGUGUAUGGAACCCCUCGAAGUGGACGAUCUCCACUUCUACCCGUGCACAUGUGGAUAUCAAAUAUGCCGGUUUUGCUGGAACCGAAUCCGGGAAGGCGAGAACGGGCUGUGUCCAGCGUGUCGGAAAGCCUACCCGGAGAACCCGGCAGACUUCAUUCCGCUCAGUCAAGAGCAGGUGGCGGCCAUAAAGACGGAGAAGAAGGCUCGCGAGCAGAAGCGGCGCAACAAGACGCUGGAGUCGCGGCGCGCGCUGGCCAACGUGCGCGUGGUGCAGAACAACCUCGUGUUCGUCGUCGGCCUGCCCGUGCGGCUCGCCGACCCGGAGAUCUUAAAACGGCAGGAGUACUUUGGCAAAUAUGGCAAAAUUCACAAAGUAGUUAUAAACCAAAGUACAGCAUAUGCAGGGUCACAGCGUUGCCCCCCGCCGCAGGGUCCGUCCGCGUCGGCGUACGUGACGUACGUGUCGCCGGCGGACGCGUUGCGCGCCAUCCAGGGCGUCAACAACGUGACGCUCGACGGGCGCGUGCUCAAGGGCUCGCUCGGCACCACCAAGUACUGCGCCAACUUCAUGAAGAACCAGCCCUGUCCGAAGCCGGACUGCAUGUAUCUGCACGAAUUAGGUGAUCCAAAAGCGUCGUUUACGAAGGAGGAGAUGCACGCGGGUCUACACCAGGUGUACGAGCGGAAGCUCCACAACCAGCUGUUGGCCGCGCAGAGGGACAAGCCAGACGACAAACACAGCAACAGUUCAGGUAAUUCUAGUACGAAUGCAGAAAAGAGCAGUUCUAAAGAUGGUAAUCAAACGAACUUUAUACCGACAACAGUGGUCACAUCUUCACAUAUAAACAUAGUCAAUUCUAAAUCUAAAAAGGAGUGUGUUAACGGCAGCUCGGGCAGCGGCAAUAGCAACGGGGUCGGCAGCGGCAGUUCUAGCAGCGGGAGCAGCAGCGGCAAGGAGGCGUGGCCCAGUCUCGGCUCCUCGCCGCCCAGCGACAGUCCCGCCAGAAAACAGUCCAGUCCAAAACCUCACAAUUCUACGGUUAAGUCACAAGAAAACGGCACAUCAGAAUCUUCCAGUCCCACACAAUUACAAACGAACACACAACAGGCUCAAACGAAAAAUAGUAAAGACACACACACGGAAAGCAAUAAAACGAAAUCAAACAGGGAUACAAAUAGCACAAAUGGCCAGACAAAGAAGAACAAAAGUGAUAAAUCCAAACAGAAGUCUAGCAAUAGUAUUAGUAAUGAUAAUAAUUGUGAAGAAAUAGUUGAUACGUACAGUGGACAGACGCAGAGCUCAUCGGUGUUCGAGAACGACACGCAACAGAAUUACUUAUCAAACGAAUUGGACGAACUGGAGUCUGAUAGACAUAGUUUGUUGGAGAACCACGACCUGUUAGACAAUAGCGAUCACAGCCUGUUGGACGACGACAACACGCAUAACCUGUUAAACGACGCGAACAAUGAGGUCAUGAUGAUGCAGAGGCAUAGAGAAAUGUUGGCCGGCCUAGUGGACAACAAUCAUUUGAUGCCGCAAAUGAAAAGCCCUAUAUUAAACGGGUACGGACUGUUAGACAGAGAUAUGAGUUAUUUAGCAAAUGAUAGACAGAUUAGUCAAAUUAACCAAGGUAUGAUGGACCAGAAGGAAUUGCUCCUGAGGGAACGCAGUCAGAGUGAAAUGUUGAUGAGACAAAACGAGUUGUUGGCGAGACAGAUAAAUGUUAUGGUCGAACCUAAACAUUAUAUGCCCUCGUCUAGUAUAGGACUCGAGUCUGCUAGUGAAUUAUUAGGUGCUAAUUUCCAUCCGAACCCUUCAAUGCUGCCACCGUUCGGCAUGCGCGUGGAGGGUUCGCUGGGUCUGAACAUGGGCGGUUUCGUGCUGCACAAUCAGCACAACCAGCACAACCAGCACAGCCAACACAACCAGCACGUGUCACAGCCGCAGCAACAGCUCGUUAAUGGUUUCGACGCGCCACAGUCUAAUAGCGAAGGUCGGUACCUAGCGGAGAGUAUGGACAAGUUCUUCAUGGACUUCCACAAGGCGCAGCAGAUGCGGCUGCAGUCACGGACGGGCGCGGGGGCGAGUGCAGGCGCGGGCGCGGGCGCGGACGAGCGCCGCUACCUCGACCACCAGCCGCUGCCGCACAACGUGCUCAGCGCCGAGCGACUCGAGAUGGAACACAAGCAGAGAAUGAACAACUUCCGUGGCGCGGAGUCAGGCGGGCGGGCGGCGGGCGACGGCGACGACGACCUCGACUUCGACCCCUUCAAGGAGACGCAGAAGGCCUUCGCAGAACUCAUGGAAACGGAAAUGAUGCAGAAUGCAGUUUCUAGCGGUGAUAACAUGGAUCGCGUGCGUCGCUCCCGCCUGGCACCCCCCGGGUUCAGUCACAUGAACUCAUUCGGGCUCGGCGUGCCGCGUCAACAGACACACCACCAAGGUUACAACUCGAACAACGCCAUGUUCUCAGACUGGACGCAGAUGGACCCGGCGAUCAUGUCGACGUCGGUGAACUUCGGCAAGUCGGUGCAGAGCCAGCUGCUGCUCCUCCAACGCCGCGCUCACGCCGCAGCAGCAGGAACUGUUCGCGCGCUUCAACCAGCUGGGCGUCGGCGUCGGCAAGCUGCCGGCGCUGCAGUGGGGCGCGCGAGCGCGGGCGCCGGCGCGGCCGCCGCGGGGUAGGGUUGGGGCGCUCUUCGGCAUCCCGCUGCCGCCCGGCUUCGCGCCCGCCUUCCCGGGCAGCAAGCCGCCGCACGCCGCGCACGCGCCGCACGGCUCGCACGCGCCGCACGCCACACACGCCUCACACAACCAGCACGCGCAACACCCCCCGGAGUGCAUCGACGCCAAGUGAACGCGACACACACACUCCUAUUCACUUAUAUUAUUGUUUCUUUCCGUUGGUGAUGUGAUCGAUAAAUCUUUGUAUUAGAAGGAGCGUAUUUUAACGAGAGAAAUAUGAUAACGAAGGAAUUUGUAAAAUAAAUUAACCUAUUUGUUUUAUUUUUAAAUUGAUUUAUUUAUUUUUUCGUUCGGCUCGUCCCCGUUGAUUUAUCAUAUUUCUUGGACGACUUGACUGUUCUCGUUUCGGCGCACGUUAUGUGUAUAUUCGUUACUUAUAUAUCUUUACUAGAAUCAUAUCCCUGUUAUGACAGAUUAUAUUUUCUAUAUUAAAAUGAGAUGCCAAUAACUCGCUGUUCCAUUUGUACCUUAUUGAGCCAUUAACCAUGAAAAAGAUCAUUAAAAUUAAUGCAAGAAUUGAA